AUGUCUAAGAACGGAAAAAAUGGGAAGGACGACAAACCUCCGGUUAGACCGAAAGAGUGGCCAAAAGAGGAUCUCCUGGGCCUAUUGAACAGCAUGAGAACCAUGGUUCCUACCAAUGAUGUGAUGAAGUUUAAAACAACAGAGUCACAUAUGGACUGGAAUAAGGUGACCUUCUCACAUUAUACAGCAGAAAUGUGUAAACAGAAGUGGUCGGAGAUCUCACAUGAGGUGAGAAAGUUUCGCACUUUAUCAGAAUUGAUUCUGGAUGUCCAAGAAAACGUGAAAAAUCCCUAUAAAGGGAAGAAACUCAAGAAUCAUCCUGAUUUUCCCAAAAAGCCUCUCACACCUUAUUUUCGAUUCUUCAUGGAGAAAAGAGCCAAGUAUGCAAAGCUUCAUCCUGAAAUGAGUAACUUGGACCUGACUAAAAUUCUUUCCAAGAAAUAUAAGGAGUUGCCAGAGAAGAAAAAGAUGAAAUAUAUUCAGGAGUUUCAGAAAGAGAAAGAAGAUUUUGAACAGAGUAUGGCCCGCUUCAGAGAGGAUCAUCCUGAACUACUUGAGAGUGUAAAGAGAACAGAUGUUCCAGAAAAACCUAAAACACCACAGCAGUUGUGGUAUCUUCAUGAGAAGAAGGCAUUCAUGAAGAUGCAUCCAAAGGCCACUAUGAAGGAUGUUAAAGAGGCACUGGGUAAGCAGUGGUCCCAGCUGUCUGACAAGAAAAGACUCAAGUGGAUUGGAAAGAGCUUAGAGCAGCAAGAACUGUAUGAGGAAGCUAUGAGAGAUUAUGUUUUACGUCACCCUGAACAAAGCAUCAGUCUGGAUGAUUUGACCAAGAAUACUCUGACCAAAGCAGAAAGACAGCUCAAGGAUAAGUUUGAUGGUCGACCCACAAAACCACCUCCAAAUGGUUAUUCUCUUUAUUGUGCUGAACUGAUGUCCAACAUGAAAGAUAUUCCAAGCACAGAACGCAUGGUUCUUUGCAGCAAGCAAUGGAAGAUGUUGUCUCAGAAAGAGAAGGAUGCGUAUCAGAAACGAUGUGAACAGAAAAAGAAAGAAUAUGAAAUUAAUCUUCAUCGCUUUUUGCUGAGCCUUCCUGAGCAUGAACAGCAAAGAGUCCUGUCUGAGGAAAAGAUGACUGGAUUAAACAAAAAAACAGCAAGCAACCUAAAGCAGGGUGGAGUGAGAGGUGUCCCUUCAUCUCCUUCAGAUGCCACAAAGACAACUACUGACAAACCAAAGCGUCCAAUCUCUGCCAUGUUCAUUUUUUCGGAAGAGAAGCGCAAGAAGUUGCAAGAGGAGGAGCCAGAACUCUCGGAAAGUGAACUGACACGAAAAUUGGCCAGGAUGUGGACUGAGCUCUCUGAGAAGAAAAAGGAAAAAUAUCGACAAAUGGAGGCAGUGGCAAAAGCUGAAUUGGAGCAGAAAAGGCAGAGCUAUGGAAAAGGCUUUGCUGUCCGUGGAAAACUGCCAGAACCACCCAAGACUGCAGAAGACAUCUGGCAACAGAAUGUGAUUGGCGAUUAUCUGGUCAAGUACAGGAAUGACCGCACUAAGGCUUUAAAAGCAAUGGAGGCAACUUGGAGUGCGAUGGAGAAAAAGGAAAAAUUAAUGUGGAUUAAAAAGGCCGCUGAGGAUCAAAAGCGAUAUGAGAAAGAACUGAGUGAAGUACGAACACCAGCUACAAAUGUGAACAAAAAAAUAAAAUUUGAGGGGGAACCAAAAAAGCCACCAAUGAAUGGCUAUCAGAAAUUUUCCCAAGAACUACUUACAGGUGGUGAACUGAACCAUUUGAAUCUCAAAGAUCGGAUGGUGGAGAUUGGGAAAAGAUGGCGGAAAGUUUCUCAGGCUCAAAAGGAUCGUUAUAAAAAGAUGGCUGAAGAACAACAAUGUCAGUACAAAAUCAAUCUAGAAGCCUGGCUUAAGAGCAUAUCCCCACAAGAGAGGGCGGCAUAUAAGGAAUACACUUCAAAUAAGCGCAAAGGUAUUGCAAAAGUAUCCAGUUCAAAUCCCAAAAUGAAAGUCGCUAUACCACAGAAUGCAAGUGAAACAGAGGACUCUGAGGAGGAGGAGGAGGAUGAGAAUGAGGAAGGAAAGGCCAACUCUUCAGAUUCUGAUGAUUCAUCAGGUUCAGACAGUGAUGAAGAGACUGAAGAGGAUGAUGAUGCAGAUGAGAAUGCAGAUGAAGAUGAGGAUGAAGAGGAAGAUGAAAACCAAUCCGACAGCAGCAGCAGUUCUUCAUCUGAAGAGUCUUCUGACUCAGACUCUGACUGA